AUGCCUCUCGGGAUUCACAACCCACUGCCUUCGUCUCUGGCUAGUGAAUGCAAGAAGGCGGCCAAGAUUCUGACCUCGUUCGUGGAUCCCAGGCAGGCUUUCGGCCCGGACAAGGUCAUUCCGCCAGAGAUUCUGGCUGGCGCAAAGGGCCUUGCCAUUCUCACAGUUCUGAAAGCUGGAUUUAUCGGAUCCGGCCGAUUCGGAUCCGGCAUUGUCGUCGCACGUCUCGCAGAUGGCUCCUGGUCGGCCCCUUCGGCUAUCGCGACCGCCGGUGCCGGUGUUGGAGGACAGAUUGGGUUCGAGUUGACCGACUUCGUUUUUAUUCUCAAUGAUGCAGCUGCUGUUCGCACAUUCUCACAAGUCGGAACCCUGACACUUGGUGGUAACGUAUCGCUCGCCGCAGGACCGGUUGGACGAAAUGCCGAGGCUGCCGGUGCCGCCAGCAUGAAAGGUGUCGCGGCCGUAUUCUCAUACUCCAAGACCAAGGGUCUUUUCGCCGGUGUCAGUUUGGAGGGUAGCAUGCUCGUCGAGCGCAGAGAUGCGAAUGAGAAGAUGUACCAGAGCCGUGUGAGCGCCAGUCAGUUGCUCACUGGGUCUGUUCGACCACCGCCUUCUACCGAUGCUCUGAUGCGCGUUCUCAACUCGCGUGCUUUCCAUGGCGGCCAAGGCCGCGGCCAGGGUGACUCUAUGUACAAUGAUAUGCCUAUAUACGAUGAACGCCAUGACGAUGUGGUCUGGGAAGGACGGCGAGGUGAAGCCAUGGGCCAGAACACACGACGCAGCCGCGCCAACACAUACGACGAUGAAUAUGAAUAUCGUGACAAGCCACGCCGCGCAAACACGUGGGCCGACGACGUCUAUGACCGACCUGCCGGGGGCAUGGGACGGUCUUCGACAACUCGCUCCCCUCCUGAUUAUGGUGAUACUUACGGUCGCAGCCGCAGCAACACUGCGCCAUUCGAGGAGGAUUAUUCGUACUCCGAACGCAAACCUUCUCGCCCGAGCGCUCCCAAGCCGGUCUUUGGGCAAAAGACGGGCCAAGGUGCUGAACUUCGGGCAGAUCAAGCGAUCGCAUUGUUCACGUUUGAUGCAGACCAGGAUGGUGACCUAGGCUUUAAGAAGGGUGAGAUCAUCACGAUUCUGAAGCGCACAGAGAAGGCGGAGGAUUGGUGGACAGGCCGUAUCGGUGAUCGCGUCGGCAUCUUCCCUAGCAACUACGUCGACGCCUCCUAA